AUGGCGUCUCAACUUGCUGUGGUAUCGUUCUCUGCCAUGUCGCAUGGCAUUUGCUUUGGUGGCAACACGAUGGAGGCUGUUCUGCAGGAGCUGGUGUCGGCUUUGGAUGGAACCGAGAAUGUGACAAAGAUAUUUCUUCAUGCUGGCGAUGAGUUUGUCAAUCUCGCUGCUGCUGUACGUAAUCUUGUUGCUGCACGUCCAGGGUGUCGCAUGGAGGAGCAGGCUGGAAAAACCAUAAUCACCCUCGCAAAUGGCCGAGUGGUCAGCUUUGUUGUUGUGGGUCAUGUCAUGCCGCCUGAGCCUGUCCCUGUCCAAGAUGUGGAAGUGCCCGCUGCACCUGCUGAUGAUGACAGCCACACUACCCUUGGAGAUGACGACGAAGAAUUGGCAGAGAUCCGUCAAUUGGCCAAUCCACCCUCUCGCCCUCGACACCCUCGCCGCCGCACCAACCGCGACCGCCGCCGCCCCACUCGCAACCAAAAUCUUGAGGGUUCCGACGAAUCUGACACUCCUCUUCUUUAUGUCUCUGGGUGGGGACUCACUCAAGAGAUGUAG